CCAAAAAGUUUGCAGCUGGACUUUGUUGCCGUCACGAGAAUCAAGUAAAAAGAAAUCAUUUUUUGUUGUUUUAUAGUAGUGUAACUGGUUAAAAACCAGCGGGUUUUCCCGAGACGCGUAUGCAAAACUCUUAUCAGGUGCGCAGUGAAGUAAAACCCUCACCUGUAUAGAUCAAUACGUGGCUAGAAGAAAGUGCUGUUAGGAAAUGUUUUAACAUGACAUCACGACAUUUACUGUAGAUCGAUGAUGAUGACGAUAAUGAUAAAUACAUGAAGUGUAUGCGGUGCACUUGUCCAUCGAGAUUUGAGAAGAAAAUUUCUGUUUAUGUUUUUGAUACUAAGUGAAACAACCGUGAAACUGCUAAGUGAAAUUUAAAAUUAGCAAAAGUAAGUUUUCGGACGAAAGGACGUUUACCAUUAGUCACCAGGCAUACUGUUCGCAAUUACCGAAUAAUGCCGGAUAACACCAAUCGAAGCACGGUUGAUUGGUCUAGAUACGGGUUGGGGAAUGAUGAUUCAUCCCCAACGGAGCGGACAAGAACGCGAGGUCACACAGGUGGUUUCGUUGACCUUGGAAACGAAUACGACUACGGCGCCGGAGGACAUCACGCAUCAGGACGAGAUGAAAUUUUUGCCGAAGACCAAGGAGAAAAACCUUGGUGGAGAAGUAACUUUUUCAUUUCACAGCCAGUGCUGUUCGGAACAUGGGAUGGAGUGUUUACGUCCUGUUUGAUCAACAUAUUUGGUGUAAUUGUUUUCUUACGUUCCGGAUGGAUCGUGGCGGAAGCCGGUAUCAUGCAUGCGGUACUGAUAAUCUUUUGCGCGGUAGCAAUUGCGCUGGUAUCCGUUCUGUCUGCCGUUGGAAUCUGCGAACGAUGUCGAGUGGAAAGCGGUGGUGUUUAUUUUUUAAUUGCGCACACUCUUGGUUCCAGAUUCGGCGGUUCGCUAGGAUUGUUGUACUGUUUUGGACAAGCAGUGGGCUGUGCGUUGAACGUACUCGGUUUCGGCGAAUCUAUGGCUGGUCUUGUUGGGCUGGAAGGAAACAAGUGGGCCAUUCGCUCUUUCGCGAUUGCCGCCGUGCUGCUGCUUGGAGUUAUAAAUGUAGCAGGAGUGAAAUGGGUUGUGAAGCUGCAGUUUGCUUUGCUGAUUAUCUUGCUCAUAUCGGCUCUUAAUUUUAUGGUUGGAAGUUUCACCGGAGAGGAUCCUGAGCAUGGAUUUGAUGGAUGGGGCCACGGAAACAUGGCGCUUAACCUGUGGCCUGAAUAUAGUUCAGGGACAAGUUGGUUUACAGUCUUUGGAGUGUUCUUUCCAACCAUUACGGGUAUUUUAUCCGGCAUAAAUAUGAGCGGAGAUUUGCGUGCACCGUCAACAGAUAUACCGAACGGAACACUCGCUGCUCUAAGCACGUCUACUUUCUUAUAUAUGGUGUUUAUACUGUUUCUUGGAGCGACUUGUCAAAGAGCUCAUCUUCUAACGGACUUCAUGAUCGCGGCUAAAGUGUCGGCGAUUCCUUUCCUUCUACUUGCUGGUAUUUACGUUUCGAGUAUGUCUUCUUGCCUGGGUGCCAUGUAUGGCACGCCCCGAGUGUUACAAAGUAUUGCAAAUGAGAAUGUAAUUCCCGGAAUCGGUAAGCUUGGUAUGGGUCGCGGUCCGAACAAAGUUCCCCUCUAUGCUAUGGCUGUCGUGGCUUCAGUCACUACUGCAUUUAUCAUCGUCGGUGAUAUAAACACGUUAGCUCCGAUUGUUACAAUGCCUUUCUUGCUGACAUACGCAUGCAUUGACUAUUCGUACUUUGCGUUGGCACAAACUUUUGACCUACAGAACGCUCGAGAGGAACGGUUCCGAAUACAAGCGCAGAGUCCAUUGUACGAAACAAGAAAUUAUGGUGCAGCGGGAGACUACCAUGACAAUAAUGAUUUGGACCAAUUGUUUCCGGAGAGAACCAGACACAAGAAUCUAUCGAGCCCUGCCAACUCUCCUCAUCAUGUGCCUUCAACAACUGCCAAAGCUGAGCCCACUGCAAACGGGACAGCUGGCAGCAGCAGUUAUCCAAACGGUGGACUGUCCAACAGUACGUCUAUCAACAGUGAGGUGAUUUUUCGCGACGGAACCAACAGCACGGGUACUAACUCGCUAGACCAAGCUGACGAUGAACCGAUUGCUCCUAUUCGUCCUCCGAUUCACUCCAAGACGAAAAACUGGUACUCUGGUUUUUGUAAUCGAUGGGCUUCCCUGUUGGGGGCGGGCAUCAAGGUGUUUGUGAUGAUGCUUGUAAACUGGGUAUUUGCCCUAAUUUGUAUGGUCACCGUAUUUGUAGUAUGGUUCUACGUAGGAACCGCGAAUCCUGCCGUCAAACCUGGGUUAGCUCACGAGUUCCGGUUUUUCGUUUGGUUAAAGAAUGGCGUCUUCAGAUGCUUUGGAAAACGAGUUCAUGAUUAUGAGCAGGUAGUGGUGACGCCAUCAUGUCCAAACGUUCCUUUGGCGGCCGCUCAACUAAACGAAGAGAACGAAGACUUUGCCUCGCGACGACGAUACCAUCAAUCAGCUGUGGUCCACGGACACUACGUAGACGACGUGUGAACGCCAAACAACCGAUUAGCCUGCUUUACUCAGUUGCAAAACAACAAACAACUGUUCAACACACGUAACAUACCGAAAAUAUUUUUUUUCUGCAGUAGUUAGAAAGAUAGGAACAAUAUUUGUACAUUUAUAAAUAGAUACAGAACAAAAAUUUGUCAGUUGACCACCAAAGCGAACCAAUAGUCUGAAGCGACAACUUAAGUAAAAAGUAUUUGAAGCAAAAUCAAAAAAUCGAUAAGAAAACUUUUUUUUAUAAUUACAAAAAUUACGCGCAAUCUUUAAGCAAUAAGUGUGAGAUAUUGGUCAAGUACCGCCGUCGAGUCGUUUAACGUUCUGCUAUUGUAAAUACCGUAUUUUUCCUAGUAACGUCUUAAUUUACGAUUAAAGUUUAUUUAUCGAGAUGACACUUAUUCAAACUACUACUUUACGUACCACUAACUACUACUGAUACCAGUGUACUAAAGAUUUGUUGAGAUUUGCAGCCGGAUUAAUAAUUUAUAACCUGAAAUAGUUUCAUAAGCGCAUAUCUGUAAUACACUUAAGUGUUAAUAGCAUCUAAGAGAACCAACUGUGUAAUACACUUAUACAAUAAUGUACGUCCUCAGCAUUUAGCAAACAUCAUAUGAUUAUUUUAUCUCCGAUAAUUACGUUUCGUAUCGGUUACGGUAUUAAAUGCAAUUAUUUCUUCUAGCUUUCUUGUUCCUUAUUCCUAUCAAUUUUUGUCAUUCCUUUUUA